AUGAUGAUGGUAUGUAGUAGUAGAAUACAAGAUGAAGGUGGUAAAUUAUCUAUCAAUAAAGGAUGUAUGUGGUAUCAGAGUUGUUUAAAUCAAGAAAGAAGUAAUGUACGAAAUUGUGGACUAUAUAACAAACCUGAUAGAGCCUGUAAUUUCUGCUGUGUUGGUGAGAAAUGUAAUGCUGGUGAUAUGGGAGGUAGAACAAGAGAAUUCAGGUUUAGUUUAGAGAUGACAUUAGAUAGACCAUCUGAUAAAGUGUUAUAUGAUACAACAUCUAGAGCUCAUAAUAACCUUAAAGCUCAGAUUACAGAUGCAUUAGAAAAUGUAUUUGAAGAUGUUGAUGGUGGACAGACAGCUAAAGUUACAGGUUUCAGCGAACCAAACAUAACAGUCCAUGCAUUGAUCUCAACGACUAAUCUCAAUAUACACAAUGCUGAAAGUGUGAAGACUUUGCUUAAAAAAUUCAUCUCUACUUCUGCUUCUGAAGAUUAUUUACUAGAACUUAGUGUUUUACCGGAAUCUGUUAAAGUUGACAAUUAUAGUGGUGUUUCCUGUGAAAAAGAUAAUGCAACAUCAAGUGUUGGUGAAAUUACCUGGCCAGAUACUCCAACUGGAAAAACAGCCAAAAUAUCAUGUCCUAAUAAGUCCACACAAUAUGCUUAUAGAAGAUGCAUUUUAACCAAAUCAAAUGAAGGAACGUGGUUGAAGCCUGAUAUUAGAGCAUGUUUAAUUAAUACGUCUGUUGGAAAUGAAUUAAUGAAGCUCUUAAACAUCAAAGUAACAGCAGACAAUGUUGGACAAGUUGCAAACAAUUUAAAGAGCCUAACAGCUAAAGCUGAAGACUUGACCACAGCUCAGUUAUCUUUAGCUGUCAAUGUUCUUGAGAAAGUUUUAAAUGAAAACUCAUCCUACAGUAAACUACCAGUAAUGAAUGCUUCUGUAGCUGUAGUCAGUCAGCUUUUGAGUUCCAAGAAUGAUGUGCUGCAAGAGGCAGAGGAGAAAUACCAGACAUCUUCCAAGAUUCUAGACUCUGUUGAUAAUAUAAGUAAUAGAAUUAGUCUGAACGAUGGUAAUAUUAAAAUUGUUCAACCUAAUUUAGUAUUAGCUGCUGUACCAGUUGUAGAUGGUAACUUUACAGGUCUGACUAUUACAGCCAAAUCUAAAACUAAAAGCAAUACUUUAUCUGGCUUCAUGGUGAAGAGAGAUGUUGAUGAUGAUGAUGAUGAUGAUGAAAAUGAAAUUGAUGAUGAUAAUGAAAAUCAGAAAAGAAAUCUUAAAAGACGACAGACCACUGAUGCAAGUAGAGAAGAUGAUGAUCAUCAUGAACGGGAUGAUGAUCAUUACUCCAGCACUCUUAGUCCAGUUGUUAUUGAGGAUGAAUUUAAUGAAAAGGAUAAUGAGGAUGGUGAUAAUGAAAUGGAAAAGGAUAAUGAUGAUAAUGAUGAUAAUGAUGAUAAUGAUGAGUCAAGUAGUUUUGCUUUACCAAAAACCUUAUUCUCCAGGUUAAGUGAAGCUGAGAAAACUGCUGUUGAAAGAAUAACAUUCCAUGUUUUCCCUUCAGGGAGAUUAUUUUCUAGUAUUGGGGGCAAUAAAUCAGAUGAUACUCCACAACAAAUAAAUGAUAAUAAAUUUACUACAAAAAUAAACAGUGGAGUUAUAUCAGUCAGUGUACCAAAUGUUAAGAUUCGUCAAUUACAAGACCCUGUACAGAUGACAUUUUCACAUUCAUCAAAGAAUUCUACCAAUGCUCGGUGUGUAUUUUGGGAUGAUGGUAUUAUAAGUGGCACAGAAGGUUGGUCAUCUGAAGGUUGUAGAGUAUUAACUAAUAUUCAAGGCUCCAAUACCACAUGUGUUUGUGAUCAUCUUACUAACUUUGCUCUUCUAAUGGAUGUGUACCAAGAUGGUUACCGCAUUAGCGAGAAAAAUAAAAAGAUAUUAUCUAUAAUAACUUAUGUUGGUUGUUCAUUAUCAUUUAUCUGUUUAGCACUAACUUUACUUACCUAUAUUUUCUUCAAAAAAUUACGAAAAGACAACCCUUCCAAGAUUUUAGUGAAUCUAUGCAUAGCUUUAGCUAUAGCUAAUCUGAUAUUUAUUAUUGGUAUGCAUAGCUAUGCUAUGGAUGAUGUUAUUGGUUGCAAGGUUGUUGCCAUACUUCUUCAUUAUUUUCUCUUAUCAGCGUUAUCUUGGAUGGCCGUUGAGGCCUUUUAUAUGUAUUUGGCUUUAGUACUAGUGUUUAAAACUUACUAUUCCAAAUUUAUGUUAAAAUGUUCAGUAGUAGGCUAUGGCAUUCCACUCAUUGUUGUUAUUAUAACAUUAAGUAUCAGUACAGAUAAUUAUACAUAUUUAGAUAGUGGCAUUUGCUGGUUAACAACGAAUGCUUUUUAUGGCGCUUUUGCUGCUCCAGUUUUAGCAGUGUUGUUGAUCAAUUUUGUAGCUUUUGGGCUUGUUUUACGUCAAUUGUGUGGACUUCAAGCUAGAAAACUAACAAAAUCAGACCGUUCUGAUAAACUCUCUAAAGUGCGUGGAGCAGUGGGAGUAGUUAUUUUGUUAGGACUUACAUGGAUAUUUGCAAUAUUUGCAAUAGGUCCAGUACAAACUGUAUUUAGCUACCUUUUUGCAAUAUUUAAUGCAUUGCAAGGGGUGUUUAUCUUUUUCUUUUAUUGUUUGUUUAAAAAAGAUGCCCUCAAUGCUUGGAGAAGAUUUCUGCCAUGUUGUGAAGUGGUUGAUGAGAAAUCCAGUAGUCGAGGCUACUCAGGAUCUACUCCUGCCUCAAGCAGUGGUAAUAAGACUUUAAGUACUUAUAAUGGUGUGACAUCUGUUAAAAGAGGUGGUGGAAAGUAUGAAGUAUCUAGUGAAGGUAAUGUUAGAUAUGAUCAAAGUAAUCAUAAUAAUAAUGCUGAUUAUGAUAAUAAUAAUGCAGAUUAUGAUAAUAAUAAUAGUAGUUUGGACUUUGGUGGAUAUGAAAAUAUCGCCUAUAAUAACAGACCCGCCAGCUCAACCUAUAUAUAG